AUGUUCGGCAAUAUUGCACAGUUUCAUAAAGUCACCAAUUUUUCGCAUUUAUCAUUUCCAUUCGUAGAGGAAAGAAUUCUUGCAAAUGUCAUGAACCCGUUCACAGCGGCCGUUGCUGGUGGGGCUUUGACACAACCGAGACGUUCGACCGCUCAGAAAACUCAGAAGAGCCUUUGUGGAAGUCCUACGAGACCGAAUGAGGUACAAAAGCACAGGCAACCUGAAACAAAUAUGGAGCCUAUUCAUGAUGAAACAGAAGAGAAAAAGAUUGACAGACAUGGGAAGGAAUGUCUGAUAUUGUGA